CAGAAAUGCUCCAUGAAACCGGCAGGUGAAGCUUCAAUAUCCACCCUGUCCUCACGGGGGCGCUGUAACCUCACGUUUGUCAGAGUAGGAAGUACAGUUUUCUGUAACCGUGAAUUGAAAGUACGCCAUAAAUAUGGCGCCAAAAUAGUUUUCAAGCAGAUGAUAAGAUCGGAUUUUUUCCUGACUUCCUUUCUGUGUUGUUGUCGAUCUUUUGAUUAUUUUAAAAAUCUUUUCUCUGCUGUUUGCAGCUCCAGACUCGCCUGUGCACAUAUUUGUUUGCAGCGCGGUGUUGCAGGAAUUCACCGGCCGGAGGAGCGACUGGAGACGAGCUCAGAUCUGGGUUUUAUUUCUCAACCAGCACCGUUGCGUUACUGGCGUGCGAUGUUUUUCUGACUCAUCCUGUGGAAAUAUAUCCCCGUUUUUUAUUUUUUUGGUUCAGCCACCCUCCUUCCUCUGCUUCCCCAGCCUCCUUCUCCUCCUCCUGCUGGCUCCGAAGGAGGAAAACAGCCGGAUUGGGACUCCUCCACGUUUCGGCUGCUAUUUUUAUUUUGAAUUUUUUAUUUUUUAUUUUGCAAAAUGCGACAUGCUUUCCAUGUUGCGCGCAUCUCGGAGCCUGGCACGCCGGCGGUAGCGCUGCGUUUGGUUUCCUACUGACUGCUCGCCACUUUUCUCUCCGGGUUUCAGGAGUGGGAUUUUACAGAUUUUGGAUUCGGACUCCUGUCUUUGACGCGCUGUCAACACGCAGUGCAAAGGGAAGGGGAGGCCGGGAGAAGAGGGACAGUCCUGUCACCCUGCGUGGUUUAAGUGUCCGGUGUGUGUGUGUGUGUGUGUGUGUGUGUGUGUGUGUGUGUAUGGGGGGAUGUUUAGCAGCACCAACCCUCUGCUGGUAAACUACAUGUGCCUGCUCCAGAUGAUCUUCUUAAUCUGAUCUAAUCCAGGACUAAGGACGUCUGUGAAUCCAAAGCUGACUCCUACCAAGAUGGAGAGCGAGAAGAAGAGGAGGAAAUAUUCCACAAGCAGCAACGACUCCGACACGACUGACAGUCAGGUGACGUCGUGGUCCAGGUCCUCUAAGAACAUCGGCACCAGCAGCACCUGGGUCCGCCUCCCGCACAAGAAACCGUCUGAGGUGUUUCGGACAGACUUCAUCACGGCCAUGAAGCUGCCGGACUCGGCCCAGCUCGGCCCAGACGACUUCUAUGUUCUGUCCGACCCGUGGAGACAGGAGUGGGAGAAGGGGGUUCAGGUCCCAGCCAACCUGGAGGCCAUCCCAGAACCCGUGGUCAGGUCACAGCUGGAGUCAACGGGCGGCGUGUCGGCCGACGGCCGGACCAAGGAGGGAGACGCUCAGCCUCCUCGCUGGCAGCAACACGGCUGCUACGACCUGGACGACCUGGACGUCACCUGGCUGCAGCUGGUCAACCAGGAGUUCAGGCAGAUGGCCUUGCCGGAGCUGGGCGAGCUGACGAUGGAGUGCGUUCUGGUGGAGCUGGAGCGCGUCUGCGAGGAAAAGAUGCAGCAGGCCAUCGAGACGGAGGAAGGCCUGGGCAUCGAGUACGACGAGGACGUGGUGUGUGACGUGUGCCGCUCGCCGGAGGGAGAAGACGGAAACGAGAUGGUCUUCUGUGACAAGUGCAAUGUCUGCGUCCAUCAGGCGUGUUACGGCAUCCUGAAGGUGCCUCAGGGUAACUGGCUGUGUCGGACCUGCGCUCUGGGGGUCCAGCCCAAAUGUCUGCUCUGCCCCAAGAGAGGCGGCGCCCUGAAGCCGACGCGCAGUGGAACCAAGUGGGUCCACGUCAGCUGUGCCUUAUGGAUCCCUGAGGUGAGCAUCGGCUGCCCAGAGAAGAUGGAGCCCAUCACCAAGGUGUCCCACAUCCCCGCCAGCCGCUGGGCUCUGUCCUGCAGCCUGUGUCGAGAACACACAGGAACCUGCAUCCAGUGCUCCACGCCCUCCUGCAUCGUGGCCUUCCAUGUGACGUGCGCCUUCGACCACGGCCUGGAGAUGAAGACCAUCCUGGCCGAAAACGACGAGGUUCGCUUCAAGUCCUUCUGCCGGGAUCACAGCUCCGCCGCCAACAACGCCAACGGGAACCACGCCGUCUCUUCCGCCGCCAACGGCGUCAACGGAGCGGCCAGGUCCGAGCAGCGCCACGAGCCCGACGGCUCCGGCGACCCGGAGCAGAGCCGGGCGUCCCACCCGGUGUCGGCGUCGGAGCGGGCCGAGCGGGACCAGCUGGAGAGGGAGAAGGUGAGCCAGAGGAAGCAGAAGCUCCAGGAGCUGGAGGACGAGUUUUACAAACUGGUGGAGCCGAGCGACAUCGCCGAACACCUGGGGCUGCCGCUGCUGCAGGUGGAUUUCUUAUAUCAGUUCUGGAAGCUAAAGCGGAAGGCCAACUUCAAUCAGCCUCUGGUGGCGCUAAAGAGAGACGAGGUGGACAACCUGGCCCAGCAGGAGCAGGACGUCCUCUACAGGAGACUCAAACUCUUCACACACCUCCGCCAGGACCUGGAGAGGGUGCGUAACCUGUGCUACAUGGUGACCCGGCGCGAGAAGAUGAAGCUGACGCUCUGCGACCUGCAGGAGAAAAUCUUCCACCUGCAGAUCCAGCUGCUGGAGGAGGAAACGGCUGCAGAGAAAACCCAGAAGGCAGAAAAGAGGAAGCAGAAUGGAGUGAAGGAUAAAAGGAAAGAGAGAAGGAAGCAUGGCACCGGCAAGAAAAAGGAGAGGUGGAAGUCUGACAACGGCUCCCUGCUUAAAGAGCUAGGUUUGUCCAAGUCGUUUCCGUUAGAAAGCUCUCUGUUCGACAGCUGGCUGGCCAAGUCGGUCCAGAUCACCGCGGACGACAUGCUGAGCCAGUGGGCUCUGGACGGCCAGCACAACCACAAGGGCAGCAGCCUGCUGUCCGACCAGCUGAUGCAGGGCGAGGAAAGCCUCCUGAACCUCAUGAUGGAGAACUCUAUGCAGUCGGCGUGGAAAACGCCUCAGCUGGGCCGGAAACCCAGAGGAAGCAGCAAGCCUCGUUCUCGAAGACCGAGCGGCGCCGGCGCCGGCGCCCAAAGGGUGUUCGGGUCGGCCGCGUCCAGCAGCCCGUCCACAGCCAAGGGCUUCUGGGAAAAAUCCAGCCACGCUGGCCGCCGAGGGGAGAAGCCCAGAAGCUCAUCCAAGGCGGGUCACCACCACCAGACCAGGAGCUGCGACCCGAACGGCGACCCGCCGCCGCAGCCGCCCAUCUCCAAGAUGGAUUCCUGCCACAUCUCGGAGGAGCGCGGCCGCUGGGACAGCGUCCACAUGGCAACCGGUUUGAUGGCGAGCGCUUCCCCUUCACCGGCCUCCAGUCCGGGAGCCGCAGUGCCUGACGCCGGGGCGGUCCUGCGGGGGUCGCGGCCCCGCCCGGCCCGGCAGGGUAAAGCGAGGUCAAGGGUCGGGGGACUGGACUCGAUGGACCUGCCGCUCACAGGGAAAGGCGCAUCGCUGCUGGACGCCGCCGCCGAGACUGAUGGGUACUUCUCCGAUGGAGAGAGCGAUUUGGAAACACGGUCCGGCGGACGAAAGCUUCGGCUGCCACAGCUGCAUCCUGCCAACGAGGAUCUACUGAGGAGGAGUGUCCUGGCGUCCUAAACAAAGUCAAACCAAAUCGGUGGUACGGAGCAGCGUCCCAGCUCUGACUCUGCCUGGUUUUCUGAAUGUAGCUGUAUGCCGACCGUACAGUAAAGCUUCUCCACUGGACCGCAGUUCGCUCCUCAUACUAUAGGAAACUAAACAUUCGUCUUUUGUAUAUUUCUAACUCAUCUGGUUGUGGCCUGGUGUCUGCGGUUUGCUUCAGACUUGGGAACAAACACUUUGGGGCAUUAUUAUUCUUCUUACUCACGCUGGUUCCAGGGUAUGCUUUAAGGUCCGAGCUGCAUCCAAUGAGUUAUCCUCAAAAUAUUCAGAUUUCUUAGCAGAGCUGGCAUGAAUAUGUGCAGAGGGCAGCACAGGACAGCAUCUUCUCAGCCUUGAAAAGCACAAUAACUAGUCAGUCAUGGAAGCACUUGAGAGUAAAACAAAAGCUCAUUCAGGGCCCGGGUCGAUUUCAGACGCUGAUUUUCUCAUUUUUCAUCCCUUAAAAGCAGAAAUAUUACAGACUAAAGAUUGACCCCAACCCCGCCGCUGUGUCAGACACAAACUCACAUAUACACUCAUCGUAGUAUGGUUUAAAUCAGGGGUGUCCAAAGUGCGGCCUGUGGGCCAUUUGUGGCCCUUGGAUUAAUUUUGUGUGGCCCCAGCUGCAAUAUUUUCUGCUUGGGGAUUUUGGCCCCUUGGUGCCAAACGUUUGGACACCCUUGGUAUAAAUACUUAAUCCAAUCUUUCUCCAUUGCUGCCAAAUUCUUCCUAAAUCAAUUCUACCCCCUAAAUCUUUACAAAAAUAUCAGUAGAGAAACGUUGUGCCUUGCGUCACUUCCUGUGACCUCCCACAAAACAAUCAGUGAGUGAAUCAAUCAGCCUCUCAAUCCAAAUUUGUAACAAUCAAAGCGAAAUAAAAUCCCAACAGAUUGGUUGCCAUGUAGCCACUGGGUGUCUUCACCAUAAUGAUUGAAUAGUGCCUAAAAAACAACAAAAAAAACAAACAAACAUGCAGCGUUUGCCAUUUUUGUAACCAAUGCAUCUGCAGCACUUUGCAAAGCAGAGCCACAGAGAUGCCUACUGUUACGAGCCGCCCCUGAACGCAUCACAGCAGCAGAGAGCCUUAAAAACAAGAGCUUGGCCAAGUUACACCAUGUUCCAGCUUUCAGCAGCCCUGCAAGAUAUUUGUUGCUCAUGUUUGAUCUGCUGGGAUAAAAACAGCUUUUCUCCUUCAGGUCUGAGCCCAUUUCAGUCUGGUGGCUUUAUAAUUCAAAAACCACCAAAGAAAAUCUACAUUUUAUUGUGAAUUUAUGAAUCAAAGUUUAUUCGACUUGAGACGUCAGUAGAAUCACAGAAAAUCGUUUCUGCAGCGCCCUUGAAAAGCAGCUCAAUCUACUGAUUUAUAUUUAUAUUCAGUCUUCCUGGUGUAAGCACUUAUUUCAGUUCUCUGUGUUUAUGUGAGAAAAAGUUUGUAGUAAUGUUAUAAAACAAAGGAAAUACUCAAGCUAAAAACAAAGCCCUCACCCAAACUUUGAGAUUUCCAAAAGACUAGAAAUAUAUUUAAAAUCUAGAUUAAAAUACUAAAACAAUCAAACUUUGUUACAUAGUGAAGCCCAAUGGAAAUCAAAACCAACUGGGAAGAGAUAAAUCUAUUACUACUGCAGACCACCUCCAAAAAUACCUAAAGCUACAGAUCUUACUGGUUUAAACAUUAAAUCUACCUUAAUAUUUACAGCAGAAACAUUUAAUAUCUACAUUCAUCCUUAUUUCCGUUCAACAACCAAUCAGCACCAAGGAAGUUGAGUUGUGCGCCUGGAUUGGUUGCUUUAUAAACAUCAGUCGAUAGCGUGUCACAAUUAUUUUUUAUGCUUUAUUAAAACUAUUUUUCAAACAUUUCACUGAUUCAGAAGAUAAAUUACUGGAGAUCCCAAACUUUUCAUUGAGUUUUCUGCAAAUUAUCUGCAGGAACUUCACUGAUGUGUAGAGAAUAAAACAAUGUUUAAGCUUCCUAAGCUACGUUUUAAAAAUGAGGAGCAAAGCUACUUCCCACGUUAUUGGCUGGUGUUUACAAAGCAUCCAAUCAGGAACACUGUUCAUGUUCAUUGGUGCUGAAGAUGUUAGCUUCCACUGCGCGUAUAUCUGGUUUUGAACCAUCAAAAUCUUCAUUAUUGGAGGAACUGUCCAGGAUUUUAGCUAAGUGUUGUGGUUCAAGUCAAUUCCAACUGAUUUAAGUCGUUGUAGAUGAAAAAUAUCAGAAUAAAUUGGUUAGUUCAGGUCAUUAUGUGUGUCUAUGCAGUUUGCUAUGUUUUUUUGGAGGUUUUUUUUAGCGGAUUGUGACACCAGCAUGGCGUUCUGAUCAAACCAGACUUGACCAAGCUCCUGUAGCAAACGGCUCUACUGCAAAAACCGUAAACUAUCACAGAUAAAGCAUGAAUCAGCGCCCCGGACUCCUGAGUUCCCAAACCGAGCUGCGCCUCGUUUUACUGAAGAGUCACACAUCUUAUCCUACAGAGUCGUAUUUUCUACUCAAGAAGCUGUUUGCGGUAUUCUCAGGGGUUAAAGAAGAACUUUUAAAAAGAAUUAAUACAAGAUUUAAAAAUAAAAAAAAACAUGUAUGUAAAAUUAUAUAUAAUACACACAUAUAUCUAUGUAAGGUGAGGUAUGUUUAGAAAGUUUGUUUGGCAAGAGUCAGUUUGAUUUCCAACACCACUACUACUGAGCAAGUGUCUUCUGUAAGUGUGAGCUUCAGGCCCGGGUUCAACGGCUCUGAUUUCACAGAUCAUCAUCAGGAUGAAGGCUGUCCUGAUCAACACAAAUCAAUCAGAUCGACUGAUUAGAGCGAACUGCUUGAGCCGGGCCUGACACACAGCCUUUUAGUACAGAUCUCUUUCCAUCCUGCUCUGUUUUAUUUCACUUUAUUUUCUGUAGACACAUUCUGACUGGUGUUUAGGAACGACCAUGCCAAAGAACAGAUCUGUGUAUCAAGGCAGCAUAUUUACAUCUUGUCUACACACACACGCACACACACACACACACACACACACUCUGUCUCUGGACUGCAACGUAAAGUGAGUUUGAUAAAGUGUUGGAAGGUUUUGGUCACUUAACACAGAUUUCCAACACGAAGCUGGUCUAACAGGGUUACAAAGCAACAGAUGAAUAGUUUUCUAUGGAUGUGUGGUUCUGACUUCCUCAGAGAGAAACGCAGAGUUUAUGACAAGCGAUGGCACUGUGUCCUUUUCGUUCUUCAGGGGAUUUACACGGCUGUGUUGUAUUGUGAAAAUGUCUCUUUACUCAGAGUUUCUGAAUUCGUGCCGUAGCCUGGAGGAAGUCGGACUUCUGCUACGUCUCAGACACGACGACGUGUCUCUGGAGUGACGAUGCUCAUUCCAGCCUCAUGCGUCACCCAGACAUAUUAAUGUAAUCUUGGUUUCAGUAUUCAGAGUAGCCUGAUGUUGUAGACGGUGGUUUUAGAUGAGGCCUGUACGGCCUCCACAUGUAGUAGCAGACGCUGAGGCUGCACAGCACAAACAGAAGAAAUCAAACCUGAAACCAAUCAGCAGAUAUUUUAACCCUUUGCUGUGCAGCCUCAGCAACCAAACCUGGUUUAUUAUUCUGUAUUUACAGUGUGGCUUCAACGCCCUCUCCUUCCGCUUCAUAGAUGCUGUAGACUGGAUUCUUUAUUAUUUUUCACUAGCAUUCAGCUUCAACGUGUGGUAUGCUGGUGCGGCCGCUGGCUCACUACUCCAAAUGUGAUCUUUGAGUUUUGCAACUCUGACAACAGAAAUACACAUUUUCUACAUCUUGUGGGUUAGUUCUGUGAAAAUUUGGUCCACUAGAAGAAGAAUCGGUAAAUAAACGAGUAUUUAGGAUAAAUCCAUAUUAUAAUGUGCCUGUCACUUUAAAUUUGAGUCAAUUUAUCACUUAAAAUACAACAGCCGACUCAAUAUUACACGAGUCGGCUGUUGUAUUUUAGACUCUUCUUUGCAAUUUCAAUAUUUGACAACUGCUGGCUCUAAAUUACAUGACGGCAGGUCAGAAAACAACAUUGACUUUGAAGCGUCUCUGGGGGAAAACGAUGAAACGCUGGUUAAAGGCCAGCGCCUGUUGCUGCAGGUAAUGGCCAUUUUCCCUGCGGUUUGAUUAAUCUGUUGCAAAACUCAAGACGAGACGUUUUCUUACAAAGAAACCAAAUCCUGAGAGAAAUAGCUCCACCAUGUGACCCCACCUGCAUACCACUGGACUCUUACACAAUAUUCACAGUUACAAUAAUGUAUUAUACUGUUCAACUAAUAGCUACAUUUUCAUAUUCAGUGUUUUUAAAAAGCCUUUGCAGACGUUUUAUUUGGUUGGUAAUACUUAGUUGUAUCAAACUAGAAAGCUGACUCAUUAUCUGCUUCCACUGGUUUUACUGGCGCUUUGCUCUCCUUUCCAGUUAAAGUUAAAAGUUUAAAAUCUCAACAUCCACAACAGCUGUGCAGAUCAGAACUUCAUCCUGAAACAGCUGCUGUGGAGGAAAAGACAGGAGGUCAGAGAGACUUCAGGAGGCAUAAAGUUUGUUUUAAUUACAGUCAACUUGAUAGAAAACCUUAAAUGUUUUUAUAUUAUACAGUAAAUACAACUAAAUACUCAUUACUCUUUUCUUCUUUAACUGCCUCUUAAAUGUGAUGCAUUUAAUGGUUAGGCAGCUUCACAGAUUUCUGUUAUGAAUGAAGGAAGAUUUAUUCGCAAAACAUGAAAAAGUGGAAUAUUACUCAAUAAAAUGAAAAUUGACAAGAUUUUACACUAUUGUAAAAUCUUGUCAAAUAAAGGUUAAAUAGAGAUAUUUAACCUUUAUUUAAGCAGGAAUUAUUUCCUUUUCCUACUGAAAUAAAAAGUUAAAUGUUGAUUUUUCUCCCUUUAAAAUGAUAAAAAGAGUAAAUACCACAAAGUUGAAAUUUGUGUUUGGAAAUAAUUUAACCAUUAAGGUUAGCAGCUGCCUUACCGCUUUAUUUUACAUAAAUAUUAUUUAAUGGAGAAUUCAUUUGUAGUAAAGAUGCACCAAAAAAAAAAAAAGUUGUAUUUUUAAAUCCCACAGAAAAGUGAAUUACCAAGAUUAUCUCCGUUUAUGAAUCAACGAAUAUACGGCUAACAUUUUUAUCAUUUUUCUUUUAUUUUAAAAUCUACAUUCUUAGUUUGGUGCAUUUAAAAAUCUGAUUUACUGAUUUUCAUCCAACAGAAAUUACUCUGAGACUAAAGAUAAUCAGCCUUAAAAUGAUUUACUUCACAAUGUAGAUGAUCAGUUGGAUGAAAUGUGGAGCCUCUUUGACUCCACCGCUGAGGAAACAAUUUUUUUUUUAAAGUGUUGUUUUUUUUUCUAUCAUCUUUAAACAAAUUAUUUUCUCUCCAUUGCAGCUUUUUACACUAAAGCUCUGAUCUGCAUAAUCAGAGCACCUUACUGCAUCAUUUUCCUUCCCAUCACCAGCAAACCAGCGUUUCCGCCUCUCAGCCCUCCAUCCUGGUUUGUUCCUCCACUCCUGCUCUACUCAGCGAUCAGCUUUUUGCUUUCCUUUAGAAACAUAUUUUACUCACAAAAAGCCAGAAUAAAUGUGAACAUCAGUAGCUUUAAGGACAAAUGCUGACAGUGGCAGACGGGUUUAAGGAGGUAAAACAUUCGCGCUCUGCUUCAUUCUCACUCAGACAUGUGGAGGAACUGAAGCCAGAAAAACAGAACAAGUUGUUCUCUCUGCGUUGUGUCUGCAGCCUUUCCACAGUCAAGUUAGCACACGGCUAAUAUAAACAAUAAAACGCAUGCAACUUUUUAAGCUUUCUCUGCUCUCACUGAUGCUCCUCGAUUGCAAAGUGCAACAAUCAAAUCAAGCAAGCACUAAAGGAACGGGAAACAUGCAUUUAAUAACUCGCUGAUUAUAAGAGGGAUGUCAAACUCACUUUUAUUUUUGGCCAUAUUGAGAUUAUAAAAGUCUAGUUCUGGCAAAAUGUAUUGAUAAAACCCAUUAACAAACAUACU